UCUGGUACUUUCUUCCCUUGUCCUUAAAUACCCUUCCCCCCUCCUCUUCCCAUUCUCAUCGCCACACUUCCCGAUUCAUCGCCGAUUACUCUUUCUAAACCUCUGUCAAACAUGGCGAAGGACGUUGAAGCAGCCGAGCAAGGCGAAUUCCACGGCAAGGACUACCAAGACCCACCCCCCGCCCCUCUAAUCGACCCCGACGAGCUCACCAAAUGGUCCCUUUACCGAGCCGCCAUCGCCGAGUUCAUCGCUACUCUCCUCUUCCUUUACGUCACCGUUUUGACCGUCAUCGGCUACUCCCACCAAAGCGACCCUAACGUCUCCAAAGACCCAUGUAACGGCGUCGGAAUCCUCGGCAUCGCCUGGGCCUUCGGUGGCAUGAUCUUCAUCCUCGUUUACUGCACCGCCGGUAUCUCCGGUGGCCACAUUAACCCAGCUGUCACUUUCGGCCUCUUUUUAGCUCGUAAGGUGUCCCUCGUUCGAGCUUUGUUGUAUAUAAUUGCUCAAUGUGCCGGCGCUAUCUGCGGCUGUGGCUUGGUCAAGGCCUUCCAGUCCGCCUACUAUGUUAGGUAUAACGGCGGCGCUAAUAUGCUCGCCGAUGGAUACAACAAAGGCACUGGUUUGGGAGCUGAAAUCAUCGGUACAUUUGUUCUUGUUUACACUGUCUUCUCCGCCACUGAUCCCAAGAGAAACGCUAGAGAUUCCCAUGUUCCUGUCUUGGCGCCACUCCCAAUUGGAUUUGCAGUGUUCAUGGUUCACUUGGCUACAAUCCCCAUCACCGGAACUGGUAUUAACCCAGCAAGAAGCUUCGGAGCUGCUGUCAUAUUCAACACAGAGAAGGCCUGGGAUGAUCAAUGGAUUUUCUGGGUUGGACCAUUCAUCGGAGCUGCCAUUGCUGCCAUUUACCACCAGUAUGUUCUCAGAGCUGGCGCCAUUAAAGCUCUUGGAUCCUUCAGAAGCAACGCUUGAAAAAGCUUAUUCAAUUAAGAAGAUUGUGUAUUGUUUUUGUUCUUGUUCUUGUUCUUGUUUAUUAUGAUCAUUAGUGAUGGUGGAAUUGGAUCUCUCAAAUUGUCGCUGCCUUCGUCCCAGCCUCCCCUGCCUCGCCGGAGUUCAUCAAGAACAUCAAUUAUUAGCACUGGAAAUUGUACAUAUUUCCACUCCCACCGUUGUUGCCUUGCCGUCUUUUCUUGUGUUUUGUUCUUAUCCUUUGUUUUAUUAAUAAAAGAAUCUCCUUUAUUAUAAUUAA